AUAUAUUCUUAUACACACCAAUUUCAGCCUUCUAAUGCACCACUGAAUUAUAAGUAUUCAAGGCCCAUAGGUUAUCAAUUGCAGAAAAUGUUAAAUUCUUUCAAACUGUUCUUUUGUGGUAUAAAAUUUGAGAAGCAUCCCGGUAAUAUCGUGCGUUAUCAGUCCUUUGGUGAAGAAGAGAAGCUGUCCGUAGUUAAAGCGACUCCGUGCGGCGUAUGUGUGUCUGCGUGUGUGUGACACUGAUGGAUGCGCCAAUGGUUAGACGGACAGAUGCUUGGGCGGAUCUAACGGCAUGCACACAGAGUGAGAUUGGGCAAAAACAUCCUGGAUCCGUGAAAGACUGCUCUUUCCUUCCAAUCUGCCUUGUGACUUCGGUGUACGGACAUUCAAGAGAUUUUUGUUUAUUGAACGGCACGACUCCCAAUUGCCCCCUUCUGUGGGCUCGAUGCGAUCCCCUUUGCGGUCAGAUGUGAGUAUUGACUUACGCGAGAGAAGACAGCACGAAUGCGAGACGAAGACGCGGACUUGAACGCUUUUAGUGGAAGAGGCAGUGUCUGACACAUAACCCUCAGCUAGUGAACAGAGAGGAAACAGUUCCUAUCCCCCCUCUCAAAGUGAACGGACUCUGCAUUUCAAAUCCAACACGGACAACUUCUCCCUUUCUCUACUAAAAGAGUUUACACUCCAAUUUACCCGUGCAAAAACGAAAAGGAAAAAGAAACUUGCAUCAUAACAUUGAAUUUUAAGUAGGUGUCUGAUGUCAGUGAUGAUGGGCAUAUUUGGAAAAUGUUGAUCUUACCGUCUCAAAAAGUCCAUUCUGUGAAGGAAAGCGUUUGAUAACGGAUUUUGAAAGUGACAUUACUGGAGAGAAAAGCAUCUCGGAGCUAGAGGAAGACGCGUCUGCUUCGCCCGUUGCUGUUUUUAAAUACCUGCUACGAGCAGCACAAAGAAGGGUAAAAAGUGCUAUUAGUGGCCAAGAAAGUGUUUGGCAAUAGCUCAGUGAUCCAUGCUAUCGCAGCAGCAGCUGAGGCGCAGCCCGAGUCCAUCCCCUCCUUCUGAUGUGCGUUAUUACAAGCAGGAAUACCCAAUCAAACACCUAUCGCAUCGAUUCGCACCGCUCUCAGCGGAUUUCCAACGCGCGCGGACAAAAUAAGCAAACGAGGCAGCGCGCGGGCGACAAGUCCGUCCAUCUCCUCCUUCAAGGUUUCUGUCUUUUUCCCGUUUGUUUAUUAUAGACGAGAUGGACAUUUGAAAGGCUGCGGGGAUUUGGAACGUUUGGGAUUUUUUCACAGAAAAGCUAUCGGCGACGCACUACAGCGCUGCCCCGUUGAUUUUUUUGUUGUUGUUUUCAAAUUGUAUUCGAUAACUCGGAUCGGAUUCCCGAUGGAUAACACAUUUAUCCAGGCGAUCGACUUGCCUGUUGCAGCUUCCAGCGCGGAGUGAGCGAGGAUCGCACUGAGGAACGAGCGUUUUUUCUCCCCACCGUAGCGGCUCGACUCUCCGUCAUAUCCAAAAGCCGACCGGGGGAAAGAGAGUGAGGAAAGAGGAGGAAAAUCCCGCUUCGUCUUCAUCAUCUUCAGAUCUCGCCGUUUGAUUUUAUUUUGUUUGAAAACUGCCGAUACAUGUCAGGCGUGUGAAAGCGCCCCAGGUGCCGUGUAUCAGAGCAGAAGCAGAGCGGAGCAGCUCUCGGGAUCUCAGGGGCUGAAACUCCUGAAAAAAACCCUGAAAGAGAAACAUGCCGCGGAGGAAACAGCAAGUGCCCCGGCGCUCGGCAGCAUAUGUGCCAGAGGAGCUGAAGGAGGCUGCCUUACUAGAUGAGGAUGUCGAGGGUGAGGAUUCAGCUGUGGAGGAGGAACCUGCCAUGAAGUAUGCGUGCCAGGACAAGGACUUACUCCUUAAAGACAGACCUGGCUUCCACGACUCUCCACCUGCUGAUUUUUCCAGCCACGAAAUGGACAGUGAGUCGCACCUGAGUGAGUCCAGUGACCGCAUGUCAGACUUCGAGAGUGCCUCUGUAAAGAACGAAGAGGACAGCUCAGCCAAGGAGCCUCUCACUUCACUUUCCUCAACUUCAUCGAUGAUGAUGACAACAACAACCACGCCAAGCGGUGAGGAGGUUGCACCAUUAGGCCCCGACAGCCUGGAGCAGAUGAAAGCUAUCUACACUAGCUUCCUGACCAAUUCCUAUUGGUCAUCGCUGAACUUGAAUGCCCCCCAGCAGCCAGCUGAAAAGCCCCCACGUAGCCACAGUAGAAGCAGCAGCAGUAGUAGCAGCAGCAGUAGCUGUGGCAGUGGUGGUUACGACUGGCACCAGACAGCUGUGGCUAAGACCUUGCAGAAUGCUUCACAGAACCAGAGCAGACUGCUGCAUCCAGCAUCCGAGCCAAACCUCUUCAGUACUGUGCAGCUUUACCGACAGAGCACCAAACUCUACGGCUCCAUCUUCACUGGCGCAAGCAAGUUUCGUUGCAAGGACUGCAGUGCUGCUUAUGACACUCUUGUUGAACUUACUGUACACAUGAACGAGAUGGGCCACUACAGAGAUGACAACCAUGAGACAGACAGUGAAGGUACCAGGCGCUGGUCAAAGCCCCGCAAACGUUCCCUAUUGGAGAUGGAGGGGAAAGAGGAUGCACAGAAAGUUCUUAAGUGCAUGUACUGUGGCCAUUCCUUUGAGUCACUGCAGGACCUUAGUGUUCACAUGAUCAAGACGAAACACUACCAGAAAGUGCCUCUUAAGGAACCUGUUACACCUGUGGCAGCUAAGAUUAUCUCAUCAGCUCGUAAAAGAGCCCCUAUUGAGCUAGAACUCCCCAGCUCACCAGACUCCAAUGGUGGUACACCCAAGCUCUCUUUAUCUGACCCCAAUGACCUUCUGGCGAAGACCCACAAUCCUUACAUCACACCCAACAAUCGGUAUGGACACCAGAACGGUGCUAGCUACGCGUGGCAAUUUGAAUCACGGAAAUCCCAAAUCCUGAAGUGUAUGGAGUGUGGAAGCUCGCACGACACGCUGCAGGAGCUUACAGCUCAUAUGAUGGUCACAGGACACUUCAUUAAGGUCACUAACUCUGCGAUCAAGAAAGGCAAACCUAUAAUGGAAUCUAUGUCCGCAACAGCUCUAAUCACUAUGUCUGCCAAUGAUGAGAAAGUACAGUCUGUGCCACUGGCUGCCACGGCAUUCUCCCCACCACCACCCGCACUUCCUCCCGCUAGUAUUUCCCCUGCAAUCACGCCCAUGGAGAUAAAAAAGGAGGAGAAGGAAGUUGAAUGUACCAAGGAGUCAACCAAUUGCAAAGACAAGAAAGCAACAGAAAGUGAAAGUGAAGAGAAGUUUGAAGUUUCAUCCAAAUAUCCGUACUUGACAGAGGAAGAUCUUGAAGAAAGCCCUAAAGGGGGGUUUGACAUUUUGAAGUCUCUUGAGAAUACAGUAACAUCUGCCAUCAACAAAGCACAGAAUGGCACACCCAGCUGGGGUGGCUACCCCAGUAUUCACGCUGCCUACCAGCUUCCAAACAUUAUGAAACUUUCUCUUCGCAACUCUGGGAAAAGUUCCCCUCUGAAAUAUAUGUUUUCUGGAGAAGAGAUCCUAUCUCCUAUCAAAAACCAAUCGCUGAUCUCUCCACCUAGUUGCCAAACGUCCCCUUUGCCCAAAAACAACUUUCAUGCCAUGGAAGAGCUUGUCAAAAAAGUGACUGAAAAAGUGGCCAAAGUAGAGGAGAAGAUGAGAGAUCCUGGAACUAGGUGUUCCCCUCUUAGACGGACCACACCCUCUCCUUGCAGUAGCGAUGCAGGGGAAUCUGCCAGAGGGGAGUCCCCUAAAGAAAGGAGAGGGGCCAAAACUCCUGAGACCAAUGGUGGGGGAAACACUCACAAAGACUCGAAUGGUGAAGCUCUAACUAAAGAGUCUGUGGAAAAUGGCACCGACCACGCUAUCAAAACUCCUGUUUCUACCUUAUGCAGCAGCACUGCUAUUAUAACAGAUCACCCUCCUGAGCAGCCAUUUGUUAACCCUUUAAGUGCGCUUCAGUCUGUCAUGAAUGUUCACCUUGGCAAAGCUGCCAAACCUGCCCUGCCAUCCCUUGACCCCAUGAGCAUGCUCUUCAAAAUGAGCAACAGCUUAGCAGAGAAGGCAGCAGUAGCUGCUUCCACUCCUUCUCACACCAAAAAAACAAAUGAGCACUUGGAUCGCUACUUCUACCACAUCAACAAUGACCAGCCUAUUGAUCUGACCAAAGGCAAGAAUGAAAAGAGCACCUCCCUGGGAUCUGCUGCCCUGUCCUCCUCCACCUCUACUCCCACCUCAAUUUCACCCGCAUCAACCAUCACCAUGGCCAAAACCUCAUCUGCUGUGGCUUCCUUCAUGUCCAACUCACCUCUGCGUGAGAACGCCCUGUCUGACAUCUCUGAUAUGCUACGUAACCUCACAGAAAGCCACGCGUCCAAGUCCUCCACGCCAACAAGUCUGUCGGAGCGUUCGGAUAUAGACGGGUCGACACCUGAGGAAUUCGAGGAGAUCUCUCCCGCUCAGAAACGAAAGGGCCGGCAAUCCAACUGGAACCCUCAGCAUCUACUUAUCCUGCAAGCACAGUUUGCUUCCAGUUUGCGUCAAACGGGUGAUGGAAAAUACAUUAUGUCAGACCUCAGUCCACAGGAGCGCAUGCAUAUUUCCCGCUUCACUGGCCUUUCAAUGACCACCAUCAGCCACUGGCUGGCCAACGUGAAAUACCAGCUGAGGCGGACAGGUGGCACAAAGUUUUUAAAAAAUCUUGACUCUGGCCACCCUGUCUUCUUCUGCAGUGACUGUGCAUCACAGAUCCGUUCGCCCUCCACCUACGUCAGCCAUCUCGAGUCACAUCUGGGCUUCCGGCUCAGGGACCUGGCAAAGAUAUCUGGGGAGCAGCUUGUUAACCAGAUCUCACGUCACAGCAAGGGUUUCUCUGAGAAACUGCUCUCAUCCCAAGCGCAUUCUUUGGCCCAUUCAAUCCCAAACCCCAGCCCUCACUCACUCUCCCCAUCCCCUUCCCCAGAUGAGGAGUCAAGUGGCACCUCAUAUCAGUGUAAACUGUGUAAUCGGACUUUUGCCAGCAAGCACGCUGUCAAGCUCCAUCUGAGUAAGACCCAUGGCAAAUCCCCUGAGGACCAUCUUAUGUAUGUUAAAGAACUUGAGAAACCUUAGCAAUGGCCAAGGAGGAAAACUCUGACUCGUCUCCCUAUCUCUGUCCUUUUUUCAAGCCUGACUAACAUUUCUUAAGGAGAAAAGAAUUCAAAGAACUUAAAGUAACUAACGAAGAACUAACUGCACAUAGAUGCCAGAAAACUACUGUUUAGUUUUGGCACAUCAUUUAGAGUUUUCCUGCUGGGAACACUCAUUCAACCUUAGAGACAUUAACUUUCUGCAUUUUUAGUUGAAAAUGGAAAACCGAGAAAAACAAAUGAUAAUUUUCUAACUGUGCAGUGUUGAGUGAAGAGGUGCUUUUGUCACUGUUAAAAUAUGAAGGUAAAUAAAAAAAGACCUAAAAUGAAGUUGUAAGUAUUUGAAAGUUGUGUAAAUUGGAUUUUUUUGGCAUCGUUCAGAUGCAGUAAGCUGCAUGCUUUAAUGAAAUGGUUUAGUUCAAUAUUUGAUAACUAAAACUGGGAUUUUCUUUAUCUCUCUUUCCUUCUCUCUUAUUUUUUUUCUUUUUUUAUGUGACAUAAGUAUGCUGGUGUCAGCAUACAAAUUUAACCCUCUGAGUACGUCUAAAUAAUUCUAUAUUUACCACCUACAGAAAAGUAAAGAAAAAUAUACAUAAAAAAAGAGAGAAAUUAGAAAUUGGAAAUUGCCAAGUUCAUAUGUAUUUGAGCAGGCAAGUUCUAAAAGAAUUGCAUUGUCAUAACAGACCACCCCAUAUACACAGACAGCUUGCAGUGCAGAAAUAUAUGUGAAUCCAAAAUGGCAGUCUUUUAGUUUGCUCAAGUCAGGGGCCUUUAUGAAUUCAGGUCGAUGUAAAAAUAUGUACAUAAAAACAUAAACUAAUUUCUGUCUAAAUUAUGCAUCAUUUUAUAUUUUUUAAUUUAAGAUGAGUAUGACUAUCUACUGGUGCACAAUAUAUGAAGACAUUAAUGAAAUUGUUUUGCACAAUAGUUUUAUAAAUAUGUUAUUUAAUCAGAAGAUAUGAAAACGAGAGGGAAAAUCAUGAAAAGAACACCCUAAAGUUUUAUUUCCACCUCGUGCUCAAAGGGUUAAACUUCGUGUACAAGACAAGUACUUGUUCCAUCAUUUCACUUAAAUGGUUGUAUAAAAAGAUGCUACUUUAUAAUGUAAGGACGAAAUCCACAAUGUAACCUUUUAUUUAUAAACACUCUUGGUUGUUGUUUCAUAUUGUAGAAUGCCUUUCUUAUUGGUAACUUUUAUUUUAUUGUUCUGUCUAAUUAUUCCUCCAUAAAACCACACUGCAGCUUCAUCCUUUUUGGGGAUAUGAAAGGUAACCGUGGUUACCUUACCUCCAAUUGACAGUUCUGCUACAUUUUGGCAGUUAAUUUACUGAAGUAACUGACAGCUGCCAGUGAAUGGAAAUCGUAUGUGUAAAAUAUUGGCAUGUUAACAGCACAGGCACUGUUAUGCAUUCUGUGCCGUGUUUCCUUUUUGUUGUUGUUGACAAUGAAGCACUCAUUAUAUGACUUCAUAUAACCUUUUUUUCUACUGCAGCAUUAAAUUGAAAUUGUUUUGGGUUUUUUUGCAAUAA